CUCCUUAAGUUGUGUCUCGCCACAGCUGUCUGCAAGCAUUGAGCCGCCUGGCGCCAUCCUGCUACUUUCCUAAAGAAUGCCUUCACUGUAAAAAAAAAAAAAAAAAUACCAAAAAAAAAAAAAAAAACAUAGAGAGAAAACACAAGAUUCGAUCAACCAGUUCCAACGUCUUUUUUCUUGGAUCACAUAGCUCCUUCCCUCCAGCUUUGUAGUGUGUGUUGGUGUGUGCUGAGUUUUGCUCUGAGCAUGAGCCUUGGCCACUCCAGGAGGUCCUCCUGCUCACCAAGGUGCCACCAUCCUGCACAUCACUGGGGACAACUUUUGGACAUUGAGAUUUCUUACUUUUCACUCAUAUCUCUGCUGCAGAUCCUAACCUUGUGCUGGCAUUAAAAGAAACUCAUGCAAUUUUAAAGGACUGGCUUUAAUGUGCUGAUCUAGUGUGUCCAGGGUGCAUCCUAAGAGUUCUUCUUUUUUUUCCUUGUAGGUGCUCUGAGUACAGUGGAUACAUGUGUUUUUGUCGCUUUUGUUUUUAAACCGUUGGACUUCCGAUUAUUUUUCAUAGUGUGUGUUUGGUGCACACUAAAAAGUCUCAGUGAAAGAGUUAUCCAGGUUUGGUGCACAUGGAGGUGUCUGCAGACCAGCCCCGGUGGGUCAGCCACCAUCACCAUCCGGCCGUAUUAAAUGGACAGCACCCAGACUCCCAUCACCUGGGGCACAGCUACAUGGACCCUUCUCAGUACUCUCUGCCCGAGGAGGUGGAUGUGCUCUUCAACAUCGACAGCCAGGUCAACCACGUACCUACCUACUAUGGAAACUCUGUCAGAGUAGCGCAGAGGUACCCAACAACACACCACGGGAGUCAGGUUUGCCGCCCCCCUCUUCUGCAUGGAUGGUUGGAUGGCAGUAAAGCACUGGGAGGAUCACACCAUGGCUCCCCAUGGAACCUGACCCCCUUCUCUAAGGGUCCCAUCCAUCACGGCUCCCCCGGACCCAUACCUGUCUACCCCCCGGCUUCCUCAUCAUCCUUGGCCCCAGGACAUACUAGCACCCCUUUAAUUACCUUCCCCCCCACUCCACCCAAAGAUGUCUCCCCGGAUCCCUCUAUACCCACCUCUGGAUCCAGUGUGUCCAGCCGCCUGGAGGAGAAGGAAUGCGUCAAGUACCAGGUGUCCCUGGCCGAGUCCAUGAAACUGGAAUCCUCUCAUGUCAGGAGUAACAUGGGUCCACUUGGCCCAUCUUCUUCUGGCCAUCACCCUAUCUCCAGCAGUUACCCAUCCUAUGUCCAAGACUACAGCCCCGGCCUCUUCCCACCCGGCAGCCUAUUGGGGGGUUCUCCAACCAGUUUUGCCUGCAAGUCAAGGCCCAAAACACGUUCUAGCACAGAAGGCAGGGAGUGUGUAAACUGUGGGGCAACCUCAACACCCCUGUGGCGGAGAGAUGGCACCGGACAUUAUCUGUGUAAUGCAUGUGGACUCUAUCACAAAAUGAACGGCCAGAAUCGACCUCUCAUUAAACCCAAAAGACGACUGUCUGCAGCUCGGAGGGCAGGUACAUCAUGUGCAAACUGUCAAACCACCACCACUACAUUGUGGAGGAGGAAUGCUAAUGGGGACCCAGUAUGUAACGCCUGUGGCCUGUACUACAAACUGCACAAUAUUAACAGACCUUUGACUAUGAAGAAGGAAGGAAUUCAGACCAGAAACCGAAAAAUGUCUAGCAAGUCGAAAAAGAGCAAAAAGAUGCACGACAGCCUGGAUGAUUACCCCAAAAGCAGUUCCUUCAGUCCUGCUGCUCUCUCCCGGCACAUGUCUUCACUCAGUCACAUUUCACCCUUUAGCCACUCCAGCCAUAUGCUGACCACACCAACACCAAUGCAUCCUUCUUCUGGCUUGUCAUUUGGACCUCAUCAUUCCAAUAUGGUCACUGCCAUGGGUUAGAUUCUACCCGUCUAUACUAGGACUUCAUCUCUGCUUGCUUUUUUUGCAUACUGAUGAGCCCUUAAACAAUGGAAACAUGUUAUUUAAAAGCUUACACAGCAUUGUGUUUGCCAUUUUUAAAGGAACUCACUGUGGCAUCUAUGUAUUCUCAACCACCGGAUCUGGAUCCCAUUUGUGAAUAAGCCAUUUAAAGACUUUUAUUCCCCUACUCAGAAGGGUUAUUAGUGCUGUGAAUGAACAAACAAAAAAAAAAAUACAGAACAUUGCAUAAAACGGUUCUAUAAUAUAAAAAUAAAACAUCUGGAGACUUUUAUUCCCCCUUGGCAAUUUUUUUUUUUGAAGAGCAUGAAGGACUACAGGAAGAAAUCAAGUAUGUGGCAAGGGAACCUAAGACUUGUAGACUGCUAGGCUUUUUGGCUAAGUAAGUGAACUAACUGCCAGCACUGUUUUCCUUAAGUUGCGGAAGCUGUUUGAUGCAUAAAGUUGUAGACAGUUCAUACAUUCAGGCUGUGGGCCUCUCCUUAGGAAGUGCUAUCAGACCCAGGCAAUCAGCGUUAACACACGGAUAUUGCCAAUAAGGAGUCUCAGAUAGUCAUUCUUCAGGCCUAAAUGCAUUGUGAACAAGUUCCUGUAAUUGUUGUUUGUAUGUAUAAUUGAAAAGCACCAAAAUAAAAAGAUGUAGAUUUAUUUCAUCAUA